AUGGCGGCGGGUGGGCGAAGGAAACUCCUGCAGCUGGUGACCCGCUUUGGGGUGCUGCUCCUCACCCGGUGCCCGUUCUGGUUUUGUUUCAGCCAGUUAAUGCUGUAUGCCGAGAGGGCAGAGGCAAAGAGGUCAGUACUGUGUCAUAUUAUAGAAAUAUACAUCAUAUAUGCACUGUGUCAUAUUAUAGAAAUAUACAUCAUAUAUGCACUGUGUCAUAUUAUAGAAAUAUACAUCAUAUAUGCACUGUGUCAUAUUAUAGAAAUAUACAUCAUAUAUGCACUGUGUCAUAUUAUAGAAAUAUACAUCAUAUAUGCACUGUGUCAUAUUAUAGAAAUAUACAUCAUAUAUACACUGUGUCAUAUUAUAGAAAUAUACAUCAUAUAAUACACUGUGUCAUAUUAUAGAAAUAUACAUCAUAUAUGCACUGUGUCAUAUUAUAAAUAUACAUCAUAUAUGCACUGUGUCAUAUUAUAGAAAUAUAUAUAUAUACACCAUAUAGCAUGUAACUAUAUAUACACUUUCCUUGUCAUAUAUAGAAAUAUAUACACCAUAUAUAUACACCAUAUAGCAUCUAAAUAUAUAUACACUGUGUCAUAUAUACAGGGAAAGCCAAUUAUAUAAAUAUAUAUACCAUAUAGCAUCUAAAUAUAUAUACACUGUGUCAUAUUACUUAUAUAUACAAGGAAAACCAAUUAUAUAAAUAUAUACACACCAUAUAUACACCAUAUAGCAUCUAAAUAUAUACACCGCGAUUGUCAUAUCAUAUUAUAUACACCAUAUAGCAUCUAAAUAUAUACACACUGUGUCAUAUUAUAUACAGGGAAAGCCAAUUAUAUAAAUAUACACAUCAUAUAGCAUCUAAAUAUACACUGUAUCAUAUUAUAUAUACAGGAAAGCCAAUUAUAUAAAUAUAUAUACACCAUAUAGCAUCUAAAUAUAUAUACACUGUGUCAUAUUAUAUACAGGGAAAGCCAAUUAUAUAAAUAUAUAUACACCAUAUAGCAUCUAAAUAUAUACACUGUGUCAUAUUAUAUACAGGGAAAGCCAAUUAUAUAAAUAUAUAUACACCGUAUAGCAUCUAAAUAUAUACACUGUGUCAUAUUAUAUACAGGGAAAGCCAAUUAUAUAAAUAUAUAUACACCAUAUAGCAUGUAAAUAUAUAUACUGUGUGACCAAAUAUACAUCAAAUAUACAUAAUAUACAUCAUAUACACACUGUGUCAUAUUAUAUAAAUAUACAUCAUAUAUAUACACCAUAUAGCAUCUAAAUAUAUAUACUGUGUGACCAAAUAUACAUAAUAUACAUCAUAUACACACUUUGUCAUAUUAUAUAAAUAUACAUCAUAUAUACACCAUAUAGCAUCUAAAUAUAUAUACUGUGUGACCAAAUAUACAUCAAAUAUACAUAAUAUACAUCAUAUACACACUGUGUCAUAUUAUAUACAUGGAAAGCAAAUUAUAUAAAUAUAUAUAUAUAUAUAUACCAUAUAGCAUCUAAAUAUAUACAAACUGUGUCAUAUUAUAUAAAUAUAUUUAUAUAUACACCAUAUAGCAUCUAAAUAUACACUGUCAUAUUAUAUAAAUAUAUAUAUACACCAUAUAGCAUCUAAAUAUACACCGUGUCAUAUUAUAUACACCAUAUAGCAUCUAAAUAUACACCGUGUCAUAUUAUAUACACCAUAUAGCAUCUAAAAAUACACUGUGUUAUAUUAUAUACAGGGAAAGCAAAUUAUAUAAAUAUACACUGUGUCAUAUUAUAUACAUGGAAAGCAAAUUAUAUAAAUAUAUAUAUAUAUAUAUAUAUAUAUAUAUACACACCAUAUAGCAACUAAAUAUAUACACACUGUGUGAUAUAUACAGGGAAAGCCAAUUAUAUAAAUAUACACUGUGUCAUAUUAUAUACAGGGAAAGCAAAUUAUAUAAAUAUACACUGUGUCAUAUUAUAUACAUGGAAAGCAAAUUAUAUAAAUAUACACAUCAUAUAGCAUCUAAAUAUACACUGUAUCAUAUUAUAUACACCAUAUAGCAUCUAAAUAUAUACACACUGUGUCAUAUUAUAUACAGGGAAAGCCAAUUAUAUAAAUAUACACAUCAUAUAGCAUCUAAAUAUACACUGUAUCAUAUUAUAUACACCAUAUAGCAUCUAAAUAUAUACACACGGUGUCAUAUUAUAUACAGGGAAAGCCAAUUAUAUAAAUAUACACAUCAUAUAGCAUCUAAAUAUACACUGUAUCAUAUUAUAUACACCAUAUAGCAUCUAAAUAUAUACACACUGUGUCAUAUUAUAUACAGGGAAAGCCAAUUAUAGAAAUAUAUAUAUAUAUAUAUACACCAUAUAGCAUCUAAAUAUACACUGUGUCAUAUUAUAUACACCAUAUAGCAUCUAAAUAUACACUGUGUCAUAUUAUAUACAUGGAAAGCCAAUUAUAUAAAUGUACACAUCAUAUAGCAUCUAAAUAUACACUGUAUCAUAUUAUAUACACCAUAUAGCAUCUAAAUAUAUACACACUGUGUCAUAUUAUAUACAGGGAAAGCCAAUUAUAUAAAUAUACACAUCAUAUAGCAUCUAAAUAUACACUGUAUCAUAUUAUAUACACCAUAUAGCAUCUAAAUAUAUACACACGGUGUCAUAUUAUAUACAGGGAAAGCCAAUUAUAUAAAUAUACACAUCAUAUAGCAUCUAAAUAUACACUGUAUCAUAUUAUAUACACCAUAUAGCAUCUAAAUAUACACUGUGUCAUAUUAUAUACACCAUAUAGCAUCUAAAUAUACACUGUGUCAUAUUAUAUACACCAUAUAGCAUCUAAAUAUACACUGUGUCAUAUAUACAGGGAAAGCCAAUUAUAUAAAUAUAUAUACACCAUAUAGCAUCUAAAUAUAUACACUGUGUGACCAAAUAUACACUGUGUGUGACCAAAUAUACAUUAUAUAGCAUCUAAAUAUACACUGUGCCCUAAUAUACAUCAUAUACACAGUGUGUGUGACCAAAUAUACAUCAUAUACACACUGUGUGACCAAAUAUACAUCAUAUACACACUGUGUGACCAAAUAUACAUCAUAUACACACUGCGUGUGACCAAAUAUACAUCAUAUACACACUGUGUGUGACCAAAUAUACAUCAUAUACACACUGUGUGACCAAAUAUACAUCAUAUACACACUGUGUGUGACCAUAUAUAUAGAUGUAUAUUUGGUCACAGUGUAUAUUUAGAUGCUAUAUGAUGUAUAUUAUGUACAUUUAUAUGAUGUAUAUAUGAUCUAUAUUUGCACACAGUGUAUAUUUAUAUGAUGUAUAUUUGGUCACAGUGUAUAUUUAUAUGAUGUAUAUUUGGUCACGGUGUAUAUUUAUAUGAUGUAUAUUUUGUCACAGUGUACAUCAUAUACACAUUGUGUGUGACCAAAUAUACAUCAUAUACACAAUGUGUGUGACCAAAUAUACAUCAUAUAAAUAUACACUGUGCCCUAAUAUACAUCAAAUAUACAUAAUAUACAUCAUAUAAAUAUACAUAAUAUACAUAUACAUAAUAUACACCAUAUUAAUAUAAAUAUACAUUAAUCAUAUAAAUAUACACAAUAUAGCAUCUAAAUAUACACUGUGACCAAAUAUACAUCAUAUAAAUAUACACUGUGUGCAAAUAUACAUCAUAUAUACAUAAUAUACAUCAUAUAGCAUCUAAAUAUACACUGUGCCCUAAUAUAAAUCAAAUAUACAUACACUGUGUGCAAAUAUACAUCAUAUAAAUGUAUACCCUCUGUGACCAAAUAUACAUCAUAUAGCAUCUAAAUAUACACUGUGCCCUAAUAUAAAUCAAAUAUACAUACACUGUGUGCAAAUAUACAUCAUAUAAAUAUAUACCCUCUGUGACCAAAUAUACAUCAGAUAGCAUCUAAAUAUACACUGUGACCAAAUAUACAUCAUAUAAAUAUACACUGUGUGCAAAUAUACAUCAUAUAUACAUAAUAUACAUCAUAUAGCAUCUAAAUAUACACUGUGACCAAAUAUACAUCAGAUAUACAUACACUGUGUGCAAAUAUACAUCAUAUAAAUAUAUACCCUCUGUGACCAAAUAUACAUCAUAUAGCAUCUAAAUAUACACUGUGCCCUAAUAUACAUCUAUAUAUACACUGUGUGCAAAUAUACAUCACAUAAAUAUACAUAAUAUACAUAUAAAUAUACACUGUGACCAAAUAUACAUCAUAUAAAUAUACACUGUGUGCAAAUAUAGAUCAUAUAUACAUCAUAUAAAUAUACAUAAUAUACAUCAUAUAGCAUCUAAAUAUACACUGUGACCAAAUAUACAUCUAUAUAUACAUAAUAUACAUCAUAUAAAUAUGUACUGUGACCAAAUAUACAUCAUAUAAAUAUACACUGUGUGCAAAUAUACAUAAUAUAAAUAUACUCUGUGACCAAAUAUACAUCAUAUAUACAUAAUAUACAUCAUAUAGCAUCUAAAUAUACACUGUGCCCUAAUAUACAUCUAUAUGUACACUGUGUGCAAAUAUACAUCAUAUAAAUAUAUACACUGUGUGCAAAUAUACAUCAUAUAACUAUAUACACUGUGUGACCAAAUAUACAUCAUAUCAAUAUACACUGUGUGUAAAUAUACAUAAUAUACAUCAUAUAGCAUCUAAAUAUACACUGUGACCAAAUAUACAUCUAUAUAUACAUAAUAUACAUCAUAUAAAUAUAUACUGUGACCAAAUAUACAUAAUAUAAAUAUACUCUGUGACCAAAUAUACAUCAUAUUGCAUCUAAAUAUACACUGUGCCCUAAUGUACAUAUAAAUAUACACUGUGUGCAAAUAUACAUCAUAUAUACACCAUAUAAAUAUACAUAAUAUACAUCAUAUAGCAUCUAAAUAUACACUGUGUGCAAAUAUACAUAAUAUACAUCAUAUAAAUAUAUACACUGUGUGCAAAUAUACAUCAUAUACAUCUAAAUAUACACUGUGACCAAAUAUACAUCAUAUACACUGUAUGCAAAUAUACAUGUAAAUAUAUACACUGUGCUAAUAUAUAUCAUAUCUAAAUAUACAUUGUGCAAAAAUAGCAUCUGAACAUUGUACCUGUAUAUCUAAAUAUACACUGUGCAAAUAUAGCAUUUAAAUAUACAUUAUACCUGUAUAUCUAAAUAUACACUGUGCAAAUAUAGCAUUUAAAUAUACAUUGUACCUGUAUAUCUAAAUAUACACUGUGCGCAAAUAUAGCAUCUAAAUGUACAUCAUAUACAUCUAAAUAUACACUGUGUCCAAUUAUACAUGGAAAUAUACAGUUUGCAAAUAUACAUCAUAUACAUUUAAAAAUACACGGUGUGCAAAUAUACAUCUAAAUAUACACUGUGCCCAAAUAUAGCAUCUAAAUAUACACUGUAUGCAACUAUACAUCAUGUACAUCUGAAUAUACACUGUGUGCAAAAAUAGCAUCUGAAUAUACACUGUGCCCAAAUAUAGCAUCUAAAUAUACACUGUGUAAAUAUACAUCAUAAUAUACACGGCGCCCAAAUAUAACAUCUAAAUAUACAUUAUAUAUCUAAAUGUACACUUUGUGCAAAUAUAGCAUCUAAAUAUACUAUAUAUAUAUAUAUAAUCUCAAAAUGUAAAAACUAUAUACACAUGCAUGUGUCCAAAUAUAGUCUCUAAAUAUACUCUGCAUUAUACAUAUAUAUAAUUUGUAUAUAUGUGUCUCAUGUCAAUCAGUCUCUGGUACACUGUCCCCUUGUGGCUUUCCUCCUAUAUCUCCCAUUUAUCCUGUCUCAGUUGAAGUCCCCCCAAGGCUCUGUUCUUGUUCCCCUUCUCUUUAUACUGCCUCUCUUGACAAACGUAUUGCCUCAUUUGGAUUCCAGUGCCACCUGUAUGUCCAAAUGUGCAAAACCAGUUAAAGGGAUUUUAUGUGCAAAUACCUGUAUACUAUAAAAAUUUAUAAAAUAUUAUACUUGCAAAUAUGUUGACCUCAACAUGGAAGAGAAAGAUAUAGAAAAAACAUAUAGUGUAAUAUUGUUUAAACACCAAUAAAUUUAGCCUUUGCCAUUAAUCCUUUUUGUUUCAGUCUGUUCUUGCAAGCAGUGGUCUCACUGCUUCUUGUAGUGAUAUUAUAUCCUUCAUACAGUGAUAGUAUUAUUAUUAUAUCCUUCAUACAUUGAUAGUAGUAGUAUUAUUAUUAUUAUUAUAUAAUUCAUGUAGUGAUAGUAUUAUUAUAUCUUUCAUACAGUGAUAGUAUUAUUAUUAUAUCUUUCAUACAGUGAUAGUAUUAUUAUUAUAUCUUUCAUACAGUGAUAGUAUUAUUAUUAUAUACUUCAUACAGUGAUAGUAUUAUUAUUAUAUCCUUCAUACAGUGAUAGUAUUAUUAUCAUAUACUUCAUACAGUGAUAGUAUUAUUAUCAUAUACUUCUUACAGUGAUAGUAUUAUAUCUUUCAUACAGUGAUAGUAUUAUUAUUAUAUCUUUCAUACAGUGAUAGUAUUAUUAUUAUAUACUUCUUACAGUGAUAGUAUUAUUAUAUCUUUCAUACAGUGAUAGUAUUAUUAUAUCCUUCAUACAGUGAUAGUAUUAUUAUUAUAUACUUCAUACAGUGAUAGUAUUAUUAUUAUAUCUUUCAUACAGUGAUAGUAUUAUUAUUAUAUCCUUCAUACAGUGAUAGUAUUAUUAUUAUUAUAUACUUCUUACAGUGAUAGUAUUAUUAUUAUAUACUUCAUACAGUGAUAGUAUUGAUAUUAUAUACUUCAUACAGUGAUAUUAUAUACUUCAUACAGUGAUAGUAUUAUUAUUAUAUACUUCAUACAGUGAUAGUAUUAUUAUUAUAUCUUUCAUACAGUGAUAGUAUUAUUAUUAUAUACUUCUUACAGUGAUAGUAUUAUUAUUAUAUCCUUCAUACAGUGAUAGUAUUAUUAUUAUAUACUUCAUACAGUGAUAUUAUAUCCUUCAUACAGUGAUAGUAUUAUUAUUAUAUACUUCAUACAGUGAUAGUAUUAUUAUUAUAUCUUUCAUACAGUGAUAGUAUUAUUAUUAUAUCCUUCAUACAGUGAUAGUAUUAUUAUUAUAUCCUUCAUACAGUGAUAGUAUUAUUAUAUACUUCUUACAGUGAUAGUAUUAUUAUUAUUAUAUACUUCAUACAGUGAUAGUAUUAUUAUUAUAUACUUCUUACAGUGAUAGUAUUAUUAUUAUAUCUUUCAUACAGUGAUAGUAUUAUUAUUAUAUCCUUCAUACAGUGAUAGUAUUAUUAUAUCCUUCAUACAGUGAUAGUAUUAUUAUUAUAUACUUCAUACAGUGAUAGUAUUAUUAUUAUAUCUUUCAUACAGUGAUAGUAUUAUUAUUAUAUCCUUCAUACAGUGAUAGUAUUAUUAUUAUAUACUUCUUACAGUGAUAGUAUUAUUAUUAUUAUAUACUUCAUACAGUGAUAGUAUUAUUAUUAUAUACUUCAUACAGUGAUAUUAUAUCCUUCAUACAGUGAUAGUAUUAUUAUUAUAUCCUUCAUACAGUGAUAGUAUUAUUAUUAUAUACUUCAUACAGUGAUAGUAUUAUUAUUAUAUACUUCUUACAGUGAUAGUAUUAUUAUUAUAUACUUCAUACAGUGAUAGUAUUAUUAUUAUAUCCUUCAUACAGUGAUAGUAUUAUUAUUAUAUACAUCAUACAGUGAUAGUAUUAUUAUAUCCUUCAUACAGUGAUAGUAUUAUUAUAUCCUUCAUACAGUGAUAUUAUUAUUAUAUACUUCAUACAGUGAUAGUAUUAUUAUUAUAUCCUUCAUACAGUGAUAGUAUUAUUAUUAUAUACUUCAUACAGUGAUAGUAUUAUUAUUAUAUACUUCAUACAGUGAUAUUAUAUCCUUCAUACAGUGAUAGUAUUAUUAUUAUAUCCUUCAUACAGUGAUAGUAUUAUUAUUAUAUACUUCUUACAGUGAUAGUAUUAUUAUUAUAUACUUCAUACAGUGAUAGUAUUAUUAUUAUUAUAUCCUUCAUACAGUGAUAGUAUUAUUAUUAUAUACAUCAUAUAGUGAUAGUAUUAUUAUAUCCUUCAUACAGUGAUAGUAUUAUUAUUAUAUACUUCAUACAGUGAUAGUAUUAUUAUUAUAUCCUUCAUACAGUGAUAGUAUUAUUAUUAUAUCCUUCAUACAGUGAUAGUAUUAUUAGAUACUUCUUACAGUGAUAGUAUUAUUAUAUCCUUCAUACAGUGAUAGUAUUAUUAUUAUAUCCUUCAUACAGUGAUAGUAUUAUUAUUAUAUACUUCUUACAGUGAUAGUAUUAUUAUUAUAUACUUCAUACAGUGAUAGUAUUGUCCGAUUAUAUUUCCAACUUCAUAUAGACUUUAAUGGAGUUGGAAAUGUAAUGAGAGAGAGCAUUGGUAAAGCUUACUAAUGAACUGUAAUUUAUAUAGCCCUUACUGUCUUGCAUAAAUAGUCUAAUAUUAAUAAAAUUAUAAAAAAAACUAUUCUAAAAUCAUUUGGGGUGGUUGGGGGGGGGGGGGUCAUUUUUGGUUUUCGGCUAAAGACAUCCUGAAGUUUCGGUCAAUAAUUUUCAUUUCGGUGCAUCCCUACUAUAUUCUGCAUAUUUCUGAUAAUUGAUAUCAGUCAUUAUUCAUGUGUCUGAAUGUACUUUAUCAGGGUUGUGGAAAUUGUAAAAAGAUUUACUUGUUCAUGGGACUGAGGCAGUAGCCCAACCUACAUGUCCGUCAUAAUGAUCUGAUCUAUGUUUCCAGACACACAAUUAGUUCAACUACAAAGAUUGGGACCCCUGUCCAGAGCCCUGAACAUUGAGAGGGCAUAAGCAGCUUAUUGGGAAAUUUCAUUUAUGGCACUAUAGUGACAACAUGGCUAUUUUUGCCUCAGUUUUGUUAAUUACCCUGAGUGUCUCACCCUUUGCCCCACCCCCAUAGUCUCUCCAUAUUGAGUGUGUCCUGUGUGUCAAAUUCCACCGCUGUGCAUGAGAACAUCCAACGUCAAUCAAAUCCCCAAAGGAAAUCAUUAAAACAAUGCAUUCCUAUAGGGAAUCCUAAUGAGGGUGUGGCUCUUGUUGCGCAUGCACAUAAGGUCUCCCCUGCCGGCUGACGUCAGCAGGGGAGGAGCGUGGGCGGAGCCUGACCCAGUGCAGAGGGACAUCUGCUCUGGAUUCAGGUAAGUGACUGAAGGGGUUUUAACUCCUUAUGCAUCGCGAGAGAGGGUGGCACCGUAGGAACCUAUAGUGCCAGGAAAAAAGGCUUUGUUUUUCUGGUACUAUAGUAUCCCUUUAAGUAUUAACGCAGUAUAAGAAACGGAAGACAUAGUUUUUAAUUAUUAUGAUCCUACCAGAUGGAAUUCUUUCACUUUUAUGAGGAGUCCAUGAUCACGCUUUGAUGUAACCGGAAAGUAAUCUGCAGCUGAAUCUCAGCUGUUUUUAUGGGAGGCUUGGAAGAUUUUAAAGAGUUUACAUUCAUGCCAAACAGGCUUCCGUUCACCCGAGCAAGCAGUUAUUUUACCACAAUGAAUAAAAUCUAAACAAUAGGUGUUACACAUAUAUGUGGCUGCUAUAAACUCCUUCCUACGCAAACGCAUAUGGAAAAUCACUAGGAUUGGCUGAGAAUGGGAUGUAUGGAUUUGGGGCUCACUAAAUGUUAAAAAUAUAUACUAAAUUGAAAUGUGCUUUUAUAUUUAUAUUUUUAUAUAUAUAUAUAUAUAUUAUAUAUUUUUAUUUGUGUGUGUGUGUGUGUGUAUAUAUAUAUAUAGUAAAUGUUAUACUUGUAUUUAAAAUCUAUGUAUGUAUCUAGAUAUAAAAUAUACAUAACAUGAAUAGUUGAAGGACCCACUGAUUUUCCCCCAUCCACACAUUAAAUGUGUCACCUAAUUAAAUGACUUUUCAUUGUAGUAUUUUCAAUUACACUGUUGGUUUUGACAUUGUGCCGUCCUGGUGACACCAUAUUUUUACUGACCAAUGUUAUUCUCAUUAUACUAACUGGUCUCAAUUUCUGAGUUCCUUCCACUGUAAAUGUCCAUAUUAUUCUUAUUCCCCUACCCCCCUAUUCCUAUCAUUCCCUCUACUGUUAUAUUACUUGUCUUUUUGUUUUCAAAUGUUUUCCUUCCAUAUACCUUUUCAGGAAGCCAGAUAUCCCUGUUCCAUAUCUUUAUUUUUAUCUGGCGGCCUCUGUAAUCUGUGCCAGUUUCAUGUCUUUUGGCGUUAAACGGCGCUGGUUUGCCUUAGGAUCGGCCAUGGAGCUGGCAAUCGGCACCUACGCUGCCCACGUUGGUGGAUAUGUGCAUUAUGGAGACUGGUUGAAGGUGAGUUAUGCUGCAUUUUUAUUUUAACUAAAAUAAAAUGGACAGAUUAUGUUCACCAUUACUAGUGGAUUUUGGGUAAAAGUUUAGUAAAUAUUCCAAGAUAGUCCUACAAUAGGUGCUCACUAGGUAUUGGGGGGGGCGGGGGGGGGGUAUUUUUCAAGUGCUUUUAUAGCAAUGAAAUUUCAUGGAAAGUGUUGUAAAUCUCUGGGUUAUACCCCCAGGAGAACUGGUGGAUGAAGUAUUCAGAGAAAAAAAUAAAUUAAAUUUUAGGUCUGUUAAGAAAAAGUUUGAAUUAUGUUACUGGAUCCAUGGAUCAUUAAUUUUUUUAAGUGAUUACAAUUAAAGCAAAGCCUACUCCUAUAUGCCUAAUGUUGUAUGCUAAUCUCCUUGUGUAAUCCAGGUCAGGAUGUACUCACGCACCAUUGCUGUCAUUGGUGGCUUCCUGGUUUUGGCCAGUGGUGCCGGCGAGAUCUACAGACAGAAGCCACGGAGUCGCUCUUUGCAGUCCACUGGACAGGUCUUCAUAGGGAUCUACCUAAUUUGCAUGGUAGGCUGUGUGUCUGAGACCACGUGGCAGUUGGAUUGUUAGUUGGGGGUGGGGGGGUAAUAUAAAAUGACACAUAUUUUCUCUUUGCAAUCUUAUAUAUAUUAUAAGAGAUUUUAAAAUAAAUAUUUUGUUCUGUUGUGAAAGUCCUGUCUACAUGGUACAUUACCACCUUUUCUUUGUUCACUAUAGUGAUAAUACAUCUUGAUCUAAAUUUUUCGUGAUCCAGGUUGUGACGUUUAAAGCACUUCUAACAAAUUUAAAGGGACACUAUAGUCACCAGAACAGCUGCAACUUAAUGUAGUUGUUCUGGUGUCCAUGGCAUGUUCCUGCAGGCUUUUUAAUGUAAAUACUGCCUUUUCAGAAAAAAGACACUGUUUACAAAACUGCCAAGGAACACCUAUAGUGGCAGUCACUCAGACUGCCACAAGAAGUGCUUCAGUGCUGCACUGUGUUCUGCUGCGCAUGUAUAAUAGCCUGCUAAUGCUUUCCUAUUGGAUAAUUUUGAUAAUCUCUGCCAUAGAGGCAGAGUCAGCUGCGGCGAGACUGGCGUGGGAGAAAAGGUGAGUAAAAUCACCUUUUUACUACACUGAGAAGGUGGCCUGAGACCUAAAUAGUUAUUUUAACACUAUAGUGUCAGAAGUAAAUGUGUUUCUGACAUUAAAUAAUGUUCCUUCAAAGCUAAACUGAACUAAAAAACAUUCUCCCAAGUCGGCAAUGCUUCCAGUUUGGCUACAUUGCCCUUAAAUUGACUUUGAAUUCCAGGCAGUUCUCACCAUCCAGCACUCCUCCAAGUAAACAGUCACCAUCCCAUCUAGUCUUUGCUUUUACAGCACAGAAAGUCGCUGCUUCCUUUCCAGGAGAGCAGAGUGGCAGUCGGGUAAUGCCCAUGCCGCCCCUAGAAAAGUGGAGGUGCUGACUGACUGAGGCAGCAUGGCCUGUUUUGUAGGGCAUGUGGGAAGAGAGAUUUAGAUUUUGGUGAAAAAUGACUGGUGCUGAGGAAGAGUGGAGAAGUAAUGCUGCCCUUUCCGGCUGAUGUCAGGUUUUUUUUACUAAAGAAAUAUCUGUACUAAAAACACAAAAUAUGACCUCACCUUGACAGUUCCUCAGGUGACAAGGUCCUCCUUCCUUUUCUUCUCUCAUUUUGUUUUGAUGAAAUAAUUAGUAAUUAUUACUACUAAUACGAAUGAUGGAGACUAUUUCGCUUUUAAUGUGUAUCUUUUUCCCUAUUCCGCACCAGGCAUAUACCUUGCAGCACAGUAAGGAGGAUCGCCUGGCGUAUCUAGAGUUCCUGCCGGGAGGCGAACCCGCCCUGCAAAUAGUCUUUAUCCUAUUUGGGAUCUUGGCUUUAUCUUUCCUAUCUGGGUAUUACGUGAGGAUUGCUGCCCAGGUUCUAGCAGUGCUGCUUCCUUUAACACUACUCCUCGUAGAUGGCAACCUGAAUUAUUGGCACACUAACAGACGGGUGGAAUUCUGGAACCAGAUGCGACUCAUUGGACAGAACAUUGGCAUCUUCGGUGCUGCUGUCAUAAUAGCCACGGAUGGCUGA